GGGAACACAUUGAACUUUCUGACUGUACAAUUUUAUUCUCUAUAUCGCUGAAAAUAAAUCAACCUUUCUCGAACUAACCCUAUCGACAACAUCUAGACUUGUCUGUGCCAUUACUAGCGGUACCUUACCAUAACUAUCUUAAAUACAUAGCCAUAACGACAUUUCUCUUUUCGGCAGAGCCAUGGUACUUAAAGGGUUAAAGACGUGCCACACGAGAGAAUUGUAUGAUAGGUGUCAUACAUAUAUGUAUGUAUAUUCGUUCUCUUUCUUUCUGUCAGGAAUUUCUCCAGUGUUAGUUCUUGGUUUCUUUAUUUUCUGUGAUCGCUUACAUGUAUCCCCAGUUUCCCAGUCUAGUACAUCAACUCUAGAAUAUUCCACUUUUCGUGUAAACCUUGAUAUAAAUAUACGCUAUUUUUGUGCAGAAGGAUCGUGUUCAGUUUCUAAAUAAACUACUUAUACACAACGUAUAUCGGACCUAACAUAUUGUAUUUUAAAUAUAACACGAAAUUUCUCACGCUUUAUUCGGUUGAUAAGAGUGAGCCAAGUUUAGGAAUUUCGGACGAAGAACAUAUUGAAGAAGAAGAAGAAAAGAGAAGCGAAAUAGAGGCAGGAACUGAAGAGGCCGAUCCAGAUUGGCAAAAUAAAGAAAAAGCGAUUGACAAAUAUAAUCUGAAAAAUUAUUCAGAAGACUUUAUGCCCCAGGUUCUUGAUUGA